ACGUGUUCGUAGGUGUUCAUCCGAGCCGCACCUACAUAGAAAACAGCUUCGGACGGGAUAGUUAUGGCCGCCAUGGCCUCUGCGGAAGACCUGAAAGACGGCCAAGGUGGAUUCAGUACUGCUAAGAAACGGCGAGUUCAACGAGCCUGCGAUUCAUGCAGGCGGAAGAAAAUUCGGUGCGAUGGCAUAGAGCGUACAGAUCAGAAGUGCUCGAAUUGCUCAAUAUCUCACGUCGAAUGUACGUACGAGGAUGCUACCAAGAAACGAGGUCCUUCAAAGAGGGUUGCAGAGAGCCUCGACAGUCGUCUGAACAGAAUGGAGCAACUUCUCAACAAGAUGGCUGCUGGUGACACUUCCGAAGACGAGACGUCCAGCGGUAACGUCUCGGUAGCCACAACCUCUCGCCCACGAGAAUCCCUGGACCAUGAGAGCCCAUUGGACGGUACCCUUGUCGAACCCUGCUGUGGACCACCGCCAAUUGGGGAGGGUUGCUUUCUUGAUCCAGACAUGUCCGACAUGUGCUCUGGGGAUUAUUUUGUAAACGGUCUCACGGCCCACAUGAAGUCCCUUUCCCUGCAACCUGUCGUCCCUCGGUAUAUCGGCGAGUCUAGCGGAUUCAGGUUGCUCAACAGUACCUUGGGCCUGAAAUUUGGGCAUGCCAUUGCAAAGAACCCGGCCCUGAGACCUUGGGGCCGUAUGCGUACUGAAUUUUGGUCAGCGUGCCCCUGGGAAGAGCACAAUAAGGCGGGUCCCUGUCCGUCUAGCCAGGCUUUCGAGUUUCCCCCCGCAGACCUCAUGGAAUCGCUUAUAAACCUUUACUUCCGCUACAUAAAUGACUUUGUGCCGUUGCUUCACGAGCCAUCGUUCAAGAAGAAGGUAGCAGGAGAUACUCAUAUUCGCGAGGACGCAUUCGCGUGCCUGUUGCUGCUGGUUUGUGCAUGUGGGUCAAGGUGGUCGGACGACAAACGAGUCCUCAUCGACGGAUAUGACGGUUGGCAUUCCGCGGGGUGGAGAUACUUCAAUCAACUACGGCCUCGGGUAGCGUGCAGGUCGCUGUUCGCACCUCCGUGCUUAUAUGAGCUGCAGUCUCAUACUCUCGUGACCGUUUUCUUGAGCUCCUCGUCUGUACCGGAAUCCGGCUGGCUGGUAAUUGGGGUGGGUAUCCGAGCAGCACAGGACAUUGGAGUGCAUCGCCUUCGAGGCUGUAGGUCGCCGGCGCUGUUGGUCGAGGAUGAGCAAUGGAGACGCGCUUUCUGGACGCUCGUAUCUUUCGAUCGCUACUACAGCGCCACUCUUGGUCGAUCCUUUGCUAUUAAUGAAGAAGCCUUCGACCUUGAUAUGCCCAUUGAAUGCGAUGAUGAGUACUGGCUUGACUCCAAUUCGAAUCCCGUCAUGAAGCAACCGGAGGACAGACCAUCCAAGCUCGCAUAUUUCAUCUGGUCAAUCAAACUGGACCGGAUUCUGGCAUUUGCUCACCAAACGAUAUACUCCAUCCAUAAGUCGAAAUUGAUGAUGGGAUUCGUGGGAGAUGAAUGGGAGAAACGCAUUGUCGCGCAGCUAGAUUCCGCUCUGAACGAAUGGAGAGACAGCUUGCCAAGCCAUCUACACUGGGACCCACAUCGCGAAGACUGCCUCUUUUUCCUCCAGUCCGCUUAUCUCUACUGUGCCUACUACCGUCUUCAGAUAAUAGUCCACCGGCCCUUCAUCCCGCAGCCCGGAAAGACCUCGAACCUCCCCUCUCUGACGAUCUGCACCAAUGCCGCCCGGGCUCUUAUCCGUAUACUUGAUACCGUCCACCAGCGCGACAACUGUCAUUUCCCGCAUUUCCUCUUUACCGAGUCCGGGCUUUUCAGCGCGUGCAUAGUUCUACUGUUCAACGUAUGGGCAGGCACGCGAUCAGGGCUCUGUUCUGAUCCUUCCAAGGAGAUGGAUGAAGUCAAGAAAGGCCUGCGUGUAUUGGAACAGUCUGAGCCGCGCUGGUAUCUGGCAGGCCGAUUGCGUGACAUACUAUGUAGUCUGGUGGAAGCCGGAGACUUGUAUUCCAACCCCCGUUAUAUGCCAGUCAACAAGCGCCAGCGAGAACAUGAAGAGACUGAGGACAGAGGGAUGCCCGGUCGUAGCACCGAUGCGAAUUUUGGCUCUGGCACCGACGACGCUUCCCAUUCUAUCCUCCAACAGCCACAGUAUGCGGACCCGUCAACGUCAACCUUUGACGCGAGUUCUCUGCCGACUCCAGCGGAUGUUGCCGGCCUCCCAGUUUUUAGUCACGAGACGGGCAAUCUGGCGUUAAGCACUGACUACGAUAUCUACAACGCCUUCUUAUGGGGCAGCCAAACCUCACCAAAUAUUGGCAGGGCAUUUCAACCGGACGGCGCGUCUCUCCAGGCAACCACACCGCUAGAUCUCCUUUCCUCCUCGGCGAGUCUGUCGCAAGUGCAACCUCCAGUUCAUUCUGCCCAGUCGCCUAAUGAUCGAGGCUUCAUGGGACCCUCUCAGGGGAUGUUGCCAUCCGGAAUGCAGUCCUCUCAGGCUGACGUUGGCUCCGAUCAUCCGGGACCACAAGCGAAUAUAUUCUGGGACGACCACCUAUCCAAUUUGUGGCUCAAUGCGCCAAGCGGAUUUUCAUUCGACGAGUGGGGUAACUUCAUCACGAACGUAGGAGAAGACCCAGGUCAGUUCGGCCUGGGCAGUGCGGGGCUCGACGAUAGCGAGCCAUUUCAAUAGAGUUAUUAGAGUGUAGAUUUCGGGCAACUCUGUCAUUGUAGCUAUACAUCCCACUCCCUCCUCCGUUCUGUGAACUCCAUAGAUCAUCUAGAGUAUUGUGCCGAUACUGCCGUUCGACCUCUAAGACUAACGAACUUACUCUAAUGCUCUGGUUGUAGUGGAUACUACAUUGUAUCGUUGGCUAGGACGUUUAUGUGCGA